CUGUCGGGGAAUUACGAUUAAUAUUAUAUUUUUUUAUUAUAAUUUUCGCACCGAAAAUACAAGAAGGAUCUCUCUCGUUUGCGAUUUGGGGAUUUUUCUAGGGCUCGAUCUCGAGGGGCGAUUCACGAUCACGAGAAAAAUCCCCAAAUCGCCGGAGCUCGGAGGCUCGAUCGAAGUAGGGUUUCGAAACAAUGGCGUCGCGGCGGCGAAUGCUCCUCAAGGUCAUCAUCCUCGGCGAUAGCGGGGUUGGAAAGACGUCGCUGAUGAAUCAGUACGUGAACAAGAAGUUUAGUAAUCAGUAUAAAGCAACUAUUGGGGCCGAUUUUUUGACCAAAGAGGUCCAGAUUGAUGACAGGCUAUUCACUUUGCAGAUAUGGGACACAGCAGGUCAGGAAAGAUUUCAGAGUCUUGGUGUUGCUUUCUAUCGUGGAGCUGAUUGCUGUGUUCUUGUAUAUGAUGUUAAUGUCAUGAAGUCGUUUGAUAAUCUGAACAAUUGGCGUGAGGAGUUUCUGAUUCAGGCUAGCCCGUCAGAUCCUGAAAAUUUCCCUUUUGUAGUGCUGGGGAACAAAAUCGAUGUUGAUGGUGGCAAUAGUCGAGUGGUUUCUGAGAAGAAAGCUAAGGCAUGGUGUGCAUCGAAGGGGAACAUCCCCUACUUUGAGACAUCUGCUAAAGAAGGAAUAAAUGUAGAAGCUGCUUUCGAGACUAUAGCCAGGAAUGCCCUGAAGAAUGAACCAGAAGAAGAGAUCUAUCUUCCUGACACUAUUGAUGUUGCUGGUGGCGGACGACAGCAACGAUUAUCAGGCUGUGAUUGCUAGAAGAUUCUGGAGUAUAUUUCUCUGAAUUUGUUAAUGUAGCCAUAAUCAAUUCCAAUCAAACGCUACUAUACCUUGUCUCUAUAUUCUGUGUCAUACUCAAAAGAAAAAUUUGCUACUGUUUUUAUUGGUCGCAUCCCCUUGCCUUUGCUUUAUGUGUAAUUUGUAGGAAUUUGUUGUGCUUGGACGAGAAGUACCUGGAGUCUUUUGUGUUAUCUUAGAAGUAUUUUGGAGUGUAUUUACUUUCAGGUGCCAUAUAUUAAAUAUCUGCCUUCUUUCGUAAUUUGUAAAUGGCAUAAUGGCAAGUGAAAAACCAUUGAGUCGCUGUUGGUGUAUAAAGAAGCUUCUAAUAAAUAUGCAUAUUAUGUUUUGUCUUA